UUAGAAGAGAAAAAAAAAUUAAACCCAAUAGGUUGAAUUUGGAGAUUAAGCGGGCUCAAAUGUUCGGAUGGUUCUACGAUUCUAUGGGGCCAAUCGAGAACUUCUGUAGUGGCCCUGAGGCAAAACCCAAAAAAUGAAAAGAUUUUUCAGACACAGGUGCCAUUUUUGUUGCUGGCAUGCUGCACAAGAAAGUCCAAAAUAGGGUUCGACUUGUCUCCGUCAUGUAUGCAUCUCUUUGCCUUUGGUAAUACCGUUUGAAUACUCAACAGGAGUGCUGUGUACAACUGUAACAUAUGAUCAUAGAGCUAUAGUUAUCGAUGGGAAGAGGAGGAUUUUGCAGUCGGGUUCUAUCCACUAUCCUCGAACCACUCCUGAGAUGUGGCCAGAGAUCAUCAGGAAGUCGAAGGAAGGUGGACUGGACGUGAUUGAAACUUAUGUUUUCUGGAACUAUCAUGAGCCUGUGAAGGGGCAGUAUUACUUUGAAGGCAGGUUUGACCUGGUUAGGUUUAUCAAAACAGUGCAGGAAGCUGGCCUUCUGGUUCAUUUGAGGAUUGGGCCAUAUGUUUGUGCUGAAUGGAAUUAUGGGGGAUUCCCUGUUUGGCUACAUUUCAUUCCUGGAAUUCAGUUUCGAACAGAAAAUGAUUUUUUCAAGGAGGAAAUGAAGGGUUUCCUUGUGAAAGUUGUUGGAUUAAUGAAGGAGAAUAAUUUGUUUGCAUCACAGGGAGGCCCGAUUAUUCUUGCUCAGGUUGAGAAUGAAUAUGGGAAUGUUGAAUGGGCUUAUGGGGUUUCUGGAGGGUCGUAUAUCAGAUGGGCUGCAGAAACUGCUGUUAGUCUUAAUACGACUGUACCUUGGGUGAUGUGCGCACAAAAAGAUGCUCCUGAUCCCAUUUUAAACACAUGCAAUGGAUUUUAUUGUGAUCAGUUCACUCCAAAUUCCCCUUCUAAACCGAAGAUUUGGACGGAGAACUACAGUGGAUGGUUUCUUUCUUUUGGUUAUGCGAUUCCUUUUCGACCUGUUGAGGACCUUGCUUUUGCUGUUGCACGCUUUUUCGAGACUGGUGGAACUUUUCAAAAUUAUUAUAUGUAUUUUGGUGGAACCAACUUUGGACGCUCUGCCGGAGGUCCUUUGAUUGCAACAAGCUAUGAUUAUGAUGCUCCCAUAGAUGAAUAUGGAUUUAUCAGACAGCCAAAGUGGGGUCAUCUGCGUGACCUACACAAGGCAAUAAAGCAGUGUGAACAAUAUUUGAUCAGCUCAGAUCCAACUUACCAGCAGCUUGGUUUUAAUUUAGAGGCUCAUAUCUACUAUAAGUCUUCCAAAGAUUGUGCAGCAUUUCUUGCUAAUUAUGACAGCAGCUCAGAUGCAAAUGUCACUUUUAAUGGAAAUUUGUAUUUCCUUCCUGCUUGGUCUGUCAGCAUCCUGCCAGAUUGUAAGAAUGUCAUUUUCAACACAGCGAAGGUUGUUACACAGAGACAUCUUGGUGAUGCCAUGCAUGCUCAUGCAGCCAAUGUUAAUGAGCUUUUGCUUGCACCACCUGCCUGGAGCUGGUACAAGGAAGGAGUGGGUAUUUGGGGUAACAACUCAUUUACAAAACCUGGUUUAGUGGAGCAAAUUAAUACAACAAAAGAUACUAGUGACUACCUAUGGUACACGACGAGUAUUAAUGUGGAGGAGAACAUUAUGCCUGGUCAAGAGAAAGAAGUUCUUUUGAAUAUCGACAGUUUGGGGCACGCUGCACUCAUUUUUGUAAACAAAGAGCUCCUAGCAUUUGGAUAUGGCAAUCAUGAUGAAGCAAACUUCUCAAUCACUAAGAAAAUUAGUCUCAGAGAAGGAAACAAUACUCUUGAUAUGCUAAGCAUGAUGGUUGGUCUACAGAACUACGGACCAUGGUACGAUGUUGCAGGAGCAGGAAUUUUUUCUGUCAUUCUAUUGGACCCAAGUCUUUCUGUUGGAGAUUGGACCUAUCAGGUGGGACUCCAAGGAGAAUACCUUGGACUAUACAGAGUUAACCUUGCAAAUAGCUCACUCUGGACCCAGGGGGCUGCUCUUCCCAGAAAUGAGAGUUUGAUAUGGUACAAGGCUACAUUCCUUGCUCCUGAAGGAAAAGGUCCUUUAGCUUUAAAUCUUACCAGCAUGGGGAAGGGUCAGGCAUGGAUCAAUGGGCAAAGCAUAGGGCGAUAUUGGCCUGCCUAUCUAUCACCAUCGAGUGGUUGCACCGAAAAUUGUGAUUACAGAGGAACCUAUGAUCCAUUUAAAUGUCUUAAGAAGUGCGGGCAACCUGCUCAAGCUUUGUACCAUAUUCCACGCUCUUGGGUUCGUCCUGGUGAGAACCUUGUGGUCCUCCAUGAAGAGCUUGGAGGUGACCCUUCAAAGAUUUCUUUGUUAACGAGAACUGGCCAAGAGAUAUGUGCAUUUGUAUCAGAGGUUGAUCCUCCACCAGCUGAUUCCUGGAAACCAAACCUUGACUUCAUGUCUCAAAGCCCUGAAGUCCGACUUACCUGUGAACAAGGAUGGCACAUUACUUCAAUUAACUUUGCUAGCUUUGGAACUCCCAAAGGAAAUUGUGGCAAUUUCAGUCCAGGGAUUUGUCACGCUGACAUGUCAUCUGUAGCUCAGAAGAUUUGCAUUGGUCAAGAUGGAUGCUCAAUUCCCAUCUCUAUAGCUGACCUUGGAGAUCCUUGCCCCGGAGUGAUAAAGAGCUUCGCAAUUGAAGCUCUUUGUAGUGACUGAAAAGCAGCUACUACUCCCGCAGCAGUUGCCACGCUUAUGGCUCUUAAAAAUCGUUUGCAGUAACUAAUAAAUAAUCGUGUAUGUAAACACUCAUGUUAUUUGAAUGACGUAUAGAUAGGUCACUAGAGAGCUACUUCAUGCUUUGCAUCUGGAUUGAACGAAAUAUAUAAAAUGUUCUCUUUCAUUAAUUCAUCUCUAACUUCUUGACCUG